GACGGGAGGGGAGAGGGGUGGGACAGGGAACAGUCAGAACAAUCAGGAAGGGAACUGUGAGAAUGGUUUAUUUUCAAAUUCGACAUUACAUAGUACUGUAUCAAUAGCAGCUAAUGCAUUAUGCAUCACAUAGGAAUUAUAUCAGCUCACAUCACAGUGAUGAAUUACUUACAGUGUGUUUUGUUGAGUAUUAUCUUUUUUGCAUUGGUAUCAGAACAGUUCAGUUCCACACGGAAAGUUAGUAUUGUGGCGUCCCAACCACUGAGGUAUAGUCCCGAAUCCUCCGGCAGGGCUAAACGAGCGCACCUCUGGUACAAAUAAACACUCCUCCUUUAGUGAUUGGUCAGAUUUCCCUUUGGAGAAUUUCCAUUGGUCCUCCGGGCUCUGGGGCGGUAUUUGGUUAGUAACUAGUUCCGGGUGAACUGAUCAUCGAGGUGGAAGGGUUGUCACUAGUUACCGCAGCCAGAAAGUCAAAAAUGCCAUUAAUCUUAAACAUUGAUGAAGAAAAUAAGCUUUUUAGUCUUAAUUUAAGGUUACGCAUAAUGUUAGCAGCGUGGUUAGAGUUAAGAGUAAGGUUUCAAAUCAGAUUUUAAGAAGAGCGAUUGUAAAAAUAGGAGGGGUUUAGCCAUAAUUAUGACAUUGUGGCUUCGGUAACUAGUGACGACCAGGUGGAAGAGCAAAGUCUGAACCGAGAAGUUUAUAGUCUAAUAAUAGACCCUACAACAGCCCUUUCUGUCCGCGGACAGACUACUGGACACUAGUUAACGUACCAGACAGAGCUAUAGGUAUGGCGGCGGGGGAAGCACGAAAAGUCAUCAUCUACGGCGGGAAAGGAGCGCUAGGAGCCACUUGUGUACAAUACUUCAAGUCUAAAAACUGGGUGAGAAUUGACAGACAGACAACUGUUCUGUGUAAAGCUACAAUGAACGGUAUUAGCUUAAACAACUUCAGGUACAUUAACAGCAUGGAAAUAUAACGGAUGCCGACUGUCAGACUUCUAAUGUUAUUAUUAUGGUAGCUCUUGUGAGGUGUAACAUUCACUGGGAACAAACGGAACCAAACAAAAGCAAACGGAUAGGAAUUUGUCCAAUUGAAACCCUCGUUUUCGUUGCCAAACGUUUUGCAACGGGUUGCUAAUGUGUGCGCACUAAUGAUACACCCCUAAAACGAGAGUUUCUAUUGGACAAAUUCAGGUAGGUCGCGCCCCGUUUCGUUCUGUUUGCUUCCGUUUAAGAAACGUUUUGAAACAGAAUCGUCGGAAUGAAUACACCCCAGGUAUAACUGGGCCGUUAAGGUGUAACGUUAGUGCCACCAGGCGUAGAAUUAGGAACUGUCUUAACUGGCCAGGUACCCCUCGCUAAAGAGCUCUCUAACCUCAAGGAUCUUUUAACCGAACUAAGGUUAAAUAAAUAGAAUAUGACAAGCUGAAGCCACACUCAAAUUGCAGCCCUGCCUACAGUACUGUGUGUGUGUGUGUUUCCAGUGGGUGGCGUGUAUUGACAUCAAUGCCAAUGAGGAGGCGAGCGCCAACAUCCUAGUCAAACCAACAGACUCCUUUACUGACCAGGCAGAACAGGUGAGUCCCUCCCCGCUCCUCCUCUCCUUGUCUCGUCUCUUUCCCUCAGCUAUUUCCUUCAACACCACGGAGGGAAGGGAAGGAGAUGCACGCAUGACUGUAAGUGGCAUUGGAUAAAAGCGUCUGCUAAAUGGCAUAUUAUUAUUAUGAGGGAAGGAGACUAAGGGAGAAGACGAGGACAUUAAGCCGCGUUGCGUCUGUGUUAGGUACUGUAUGUAUGGCCAUGUUGAUAUAUGUAUGCCCAUGUUGAUCAUGGAGUGUGUGCUCAUCCAGAAGCGGCGCUCAUAGUGGCCGGGGAUCCGUUUUACCUCAUUUCUACCAGCAUGUCACAUGUGCAACCAGAGGGAAAAAAACUAGACCACCUUUACUCCACACACAGAGAAGUAUAAAAAGCUCUCCCUCGCCCUCCAUUUGGCAAAUCUGACCAUAAUUCUAUCCUUCUGCUUACAAGCAAAAACUAAAGCAGGACGUACCAGUGACUUGCUCAAUACUGUAGUGGAGAGGUUUGAGAGUUUCAAGUUCCUUGGUGUCCACAUCACCAACAAACUAUCAUGGUCCAAACACACCAAGACAGUCGUGAAGAGGGCACGACAACACCUUUUCCCCCUCAGGAGACUGAAAACAUUUGGCAUGGGUCCCCAGAUCCUCAAAGUUCUGCAGCUGCACCAUCAAGAGCAUCCUGACCGGUUGCAUCACCGCCUGGUAUGGCAACUGCUCGGCAUCUGACCGUAAGGCGCUACAGAGAGUAGUGCGUACGGCCCAGUACAUCACUGGGGCCAAGCUUCCUGCCAUCCAGGACCUAUAUACAAGGCGGUGUCAGAGGAAAGGCCAAAAAAUUGUCAAAGACUCCAGUCACCUAAGUCAUAGACUGUUCUCUCUGCUACCGCACGGCAAGCGGUACCAGAGCGCCAAGUCUAGGACCAAAAGGCUCCUUAACAGCUUCUACCCCCAAGCCUUAAGACUGCUGAACAAUUUAAUAAAAUGGCCACCCGGACUAUUUACAUUGACACCCUCCUCCUCCAUUUGUUUUUACACUGCUGCUAUCCGCUGUCUAUUAUCUAUGUAUAGUCACUUUACCCCUACCUAUAUGUAAAAAUUACCUUGACUAACCCGUACCCCCGCACAUUGACUCGGUACCGGUACCCCCUGUAUAUAGCCUCAUUAUUGUUAUUUUGUUACUUUUUAUUAUUUUUUACUUUAGUUUAUUUUGUAAAUAUUUUCUUAACUCUUUCUUGAACUGCAUUGUUGGUUAAGGGCUUGUAAGCAUUUCACAGUAAGGUCUACACCUGUUGUAUUUGGCGCAUGUGACAAAUAAAAGUUUGAUUUGUGUGUGUGUUGUUGCCUAGGUGACAGCAGAUGUGUUGUCAUUGCUAGGCGACCAGAAGGUGGAUGCCAUCCUGUGUGUGGCGGGAGGAUGGGCCGGGGGCAGCGCCAAGGCUAAAGGUCUGUGCUCAACACAGACAGACACGGACACACACACAACCACUGAUCUCUCUUUCCCUCUCUUCAGCCCUCUUAUAAGACAAUGAUCUGGUGUGUGUUUGUGUGUGUGUAGCGGUAUAUAAGAACAGUGAUCUGAUGUGGAAGCAGAGUGUGUGGACGUCGACCAUUUCCAGUCACCUAGCAACCAGACACCUGAGAGAAGGGGGGCUGCUCACACUGUCUGGAGCCCAGGCUGCCCUGUCCGGAACCCCAGGUACACACACACACACACACACACACACACACACACACACAUACAUACAUACUUUUAUGAUUGGCAUCCAUUAAGAAUGUGAGCAGUAGAUUCCAUAUAUUGUUAUCUCCCUCUGCGUGUGUGUGUAGGUAUGUUGGGUUAUGGUAUGGCGAAGGCAGCGGUACACCAGCUGUGUCAGUCUCUAGCGGGAACCAACAGUGGCCUCCCCCCACAAGCUGCUGCUGUCACUAUACUACCGUAAGUCGCACACACACCAUACACGCACGCGCCCACAGACGAACAGGCACACACCCACACAUUCACACCAGUCUGUAAUCAUCUUUCUCGCUCUCUGUCAGCAUUACCUUGGAUACGCCUAUGAACAGGAAGUUCAUGCCCGACGCUGAUGUCACUUCAUGGACACCGCUGGAAUACGUGGCAGAGUGAGUGUUUGUGAUUGUGUGUGACAGUGCUGUCCAUACACACACACACAAAAUAUAAUAUAAUGAUGUAAUAUACAGUAUUUAGCUAUGCCGGCUUACAUUUCCAUAUGGGUGAUCUCAGCAGGAAUCGAACUCACAACCCUGAUGCUGCAAGAGCCAUGCUGUAAGAGUUUCCUUUUCCAGGUCCAGGGGACCUAGCACUACACACCUGAUUCCACUAAUCAAUUUAUCAUCAAACCUUUGAAUAGUGGAAUCAGAUGUGUGCAGUGCUAGGGCAAAAACUAAAAUGUGCACCCCAUUGGAUCCCUAGCACCAGGAUGAAGAAACACUGCUUUAACACAGUACUGUGAUAUAAUAACGUGUUGUGAUUCAGUGCUGUCUGAUGUGUUCUAGAAUGUUCUACUGUGUUGUGUUCUAGAAUGUUCUAUUCUGUGUGUUCCAGAAUGUUCUAUGGCUGGUUGACAGGAGAGAACCGACCGGCCUCUGGAACUCUGCUGCAGCUGGUGACAUCACAGGGCCAGACACAGGCCACACCCCUGUAGAGGCGCACUCUUCCACAAUCAUCUGCUCAAGUCCUGAAAUUACCAUAACACUACCUAAUACUGGGCGCGUUCAAGCAGAUCAAUUUUGUCUAGUCGGUCACUGCCUUUCAAAGUGUGUUGCAUUAUGGGGAUAAAAAUAGUCCGACGUGCCUAGACAUCGAUUGCAUGAACUUUACAAAGGUCAUGCAGUUUUUGAUUUAGUCGCUACAGGUACUUCUCACCAACUGCACCAUGCAGCCAUCACCUGCAUUGUGGG